AGUGUAAUUGUUCGACGCUAGUGUAUUCUGACACAUCAAUAAUCUGCUGGAAUAAAUCGAUGGAACUGUGCCUUGCAUAGCCAUGGCUGCACAGUGCGUUUUGAGAUUACCCCUGAGAUAACAUGCACUUGGCUCUAUUUUUAAACCGAGAGGGUUUUCAUGAUUGCGAGCAUCCUUUUUUAUCAGAAAGGUAAACAAUGGAGGACAUAGACGAAUCCUAGCAGGCAGGUGUUAAAAAGACAGGCAUAGUAAGAUCCGUGUGAAACAUCCUCAGGAAAUAGCUUGUUUCCACUUUCCCGGGUACUUGUAGUGGCGUUUCACAGUUCAGUGAUCCCUUUCUUUCUCUCCCGAGAAUUUUAAGGCUGACCUACCAGCUGGAGGACAUUUAAUUAUGAAGUCGUACACAGUCAUCUUGAUAUUUGUAUGAACUCGAGAAUAGUUGACAGAGAAAGACUUGGCGGAAUGUCUGGUAGAGCCAGUGUAACUGGUCCGACAACGAAGUUUCCCUGACAUCCCUGUACAAGGACUAUGCGCCUCACGUACCGUUAUAUAGCCGCGUGUGUAGUAGUUGUGCUUCUGAUAUGUACAUACCAAGUGUACAUUUUCUCCCAUGGGGACUCCUUCCUUAAUCGCCUCAGCAGGGGCAGGCAUCGGAACGAUGUAGUGGCAUUUAUGAGACCGGGUUCGAUUUUGGGUAACAGCACAGUGAAGGACAAAGGCACCCACACUAAGGGGGUACAAGUGACAAUUACAGCGGACGAAUACAGGAAAGACCCGAAUCUCCGGACGGGGAAUCCGCUAAUCGAUGAAUAUGGGGAAAACGAUCUCACGAAGACAGGUGAAAUGGGGAGAGGGGUUACAUUUGUGGGGAAAGAGAAAGCAGAGGCAACCAAAAAAUUACAGGUAUAUAACAUUAAUGUGAUGGCCAGUGACCUGAUUCCCCUCAACAGACUGGUACCAGAUUCCAGGCCCCCAGAGUGUAAGACUCGAACCUACGAGCAUGACCUCCCUACCACUAGCAUCAUCAUUCCGUACUUCGACGAAUGGCCGUCCGUUCUUAUCCGAUCUCUCUACAGCAUCGUCAACCGAACACCUCGCCAUUUAUUACAAGAAAUCAUCCUCAUUGAUGACGCCAGCACCAUGUUAGAAAUUAAGAAACCCUUAGAAGAAUACGUUGCUAGACAUUUUCCAAAGGGUCUCAUCCGGGUUCUUCGCAACACUGAGCGCAAAGGCCUGAUAGCGGCCCGUCUCCAGGGCUGGCGAGUUGCCAAAGGUCAGGUGGUGUCCUUCUUCGAUAGCCACAUGGAGGUCAAUGACAACUGGUUGCAGCCAUUGCUUACUGAGAUCAAGAAAGACCGUAGAACCGUUGCCAUGGGAGUGCUUGAUUACGUCAACGCCGAAACACUGGAGUACCGCUUCAACGACGGCUAUAUGACGCGAUAUGGAUUCGACUGGCGAAUGGUCUUCUUUGAGACCUUCUUCCGGCAGGACCAAAUAGGAAAGACAGAGGCUGAUACAAGACCGGGGACUGUGAUGGUUGGAGCCGCUUAUGCCAUCGAAAGUAAAUACUUUGAAGAGAUUGGUACAUAUGAUGAAGGCAUGACAGUGUGGGGAGGGGAAAAUCUGGAGAUGGCGUGGAGGGUAUGGAUGUGUGGAGGUAGAUUAGUUCACCUGCCCUGCUCACAUCUAGGUCACAUUCCUCGCUCACAGCCUUAUUCGUUCCCCGGGGGUAGAAGGCGGGUGGAGGUCUAUAACUACAAGAGGGCGGUGGAGGUGUGGGUGGAUCCCGAAUACAGACAGUUCAUCUACGACCAUUUCGAGGAAAUGAAGGAUUUGAGUGCGGGGGAUCUGAGUGCCCGACUCCAGUUAAAAAACAACCUCCAAUGUAAGAACUUCACCUGGUUUAUUGACAACGUCUGGCCGGAACUGUUUAUCUACAACAGGGACGUGAAAGCCUGGGGAUCGCUACAAAACAUGCACGACCCGCGUUGCCUAGACAACCACCAGUAUCUGUUUCAGGCUCCGGAACGACUGUUCUUUGAAGCGUGUCAUUUUAAGUUGGCCACACAGGGAUUUUCGUUGACCAAUGACAACCUGUUGCGGACCUCCCUGCAGUGUGUGGUGCUGAAGGAGAAUAAGGAGGGAUCCCGCCCGAUGUUGGAGGACUGUAUCAUAGGCCCCAGGGACAAGUGGACGCAUGUCAAGAAUGGGUACAUAAAGCACGAGCGGACGGGUUUGUGUCUGGAUGUUGAUCCGGCAGGAGUGGUAGCGAUGACGUGUACACCCGGAUCCAAAUCACAACAGUGGAAGUUCACCCGCUACGGAUAUGAGUUGAGACGGUAUGAGAUGUCCCAAUGGGUUACAACAAGAGAUCUGAUGACCAGUUACGAUUCCCAUAAAAACUCACAAAUGUUCUUCAAAUUGUUCCAUUACAUCUCUGGCAACAACACAGCUGGAAUGAAGAUACCAAUGACAGCCCCUGUGGUGGAUAUCUAUACCCCCGGGGUAGGAGAGAAUAACCAACAGACUGUGAUGGAGAUGCAUUUCAUGAUCCCCCACAACAUGCAGCCCUACCCCCCGGCCCCCACCGACCCCACCGUGUACAUCUCCAUGCUCCCUGCCCUGGACGUCUACGUCAAAUCGUUUGGCGGGUUCUCGGAUCACAUGACGAAUCUGGUGAAGAUAACAGAACUGAAAAAUGAAAUCAACAACAGCAGUCUGUAUUACGGAGACCAUUUCUACACGGCCGGAUAUGACGGCCCCUACUCAGUGAAUAGGCAUAACGAGGUCUGGCUCGCUGCCAAACACUAGCUAACUGUGAUGCAUACAUUAUUCAUAAUGCAUAUUUCAUUAUGUAUAUAUUUUCAUGUCUUGUUCAUAUUUUUACACUGAUCAAAUUUUUUUAUAUUAAAUGAUUGAAAUACUCAUCAAAUGAUUUGUACUAAUGAUAUAAAUAAAAAGUAAUAACUAUU